AGUUCAGUGCUAAUAUUCUUUACAGGAAAUUCCUGUAAAGGAAACAGGCUUGCUCACCCUUUCAACUAAACCCAACCACAAACCUCAUCUGAUCGUGUAGAUGAGAAGAGACGAGUUUUAGAUGUUUCAUGCAUUUCCUCUAUUCAUAAAAGUACCUUUCUGAAUGCAAAGAGGUAUAGUAGAACUCUCUGAAAAUGGAUAUUCUCAGAUGUUCUUCAGCUACAAAAGCGGGCAGUCACUGAAAUAAGGACAUGAAAUUCCUUCCUCUUUUUUUGUGUCUUAAGAGCAGGAAGUAAAGAAAUAAAGAGGAUUCUCCAGCGAGAGCUCUGAAUUACAAUGCCUUUUACUCUUGCAACAGAACAUACUUAUUGAAGCAAUGAAAGGACCAAGGGAGAAAGAUGCUUUAUUUGUGCUGGAUAUUUCUUUGGCUUGUCUCAAGAGAGAGAAUUAAUGGAUUUAAUAUUUCAGAUUGCUCCACCAAAAAACUCAUUUGGACAUAUCAUGCAACGAGUGAGGAGGAAUUUAUCUUAUUUUGUGAUUUGCCAGAGCUACAGAAAUCCCAUUUCUUCCGGAGAAGUCAGCUAUCACCAACCCAAGUCCCUGAACUUGUGCCCUGCCGUGGCAGUAAGGACUUAUCCAAUGUCCAAUGGUACCUACAACCUCAAAAUGGAGAUCCACUACGGGAAAUUACUAGAGACCAUCCUUCCAUCAAGAGUGCCCUUCAUUUUUCCACCAUACAGAUGAACGAUGCUGGGUCGUAUAUUUGUAGACCCAGGAUUAGAAGCCCCCAGGAUGAUGCCUGUUGUAUCAAGAUGGUCUUAGAAGUCAAGCCCAAGAAAAAUACAUCCUUUCCAUGCUUUGAACAUAAGCAUAAGCAAUUCCUUCUUCUUGGUAGCAUUGAUCCAAUUUAUUGCCCCAGUCUCCACUGCCAGAGUGAUACACAGUGUCCAGAAGUGACCUGGUACCAGAAUGGAAAACUACUCUCUGAAAAAAGAGGCAACCCAUUACGAAUCGGUGAAGUUUAUAACUAUCACAGGGGCACAUACGUAUGCGAUUACAAUCAGUCGUAUAACACGAGUUCGUGGAUUGUCAGAGCCGUUGUUCAAGUAGAAACCAUUGUGAAAAACACUAAUUUCAAGCCAGAUAUUUUGGAACCCGACAAGGACACACUCGAAGUAGAACUUGGAAAACCCUUAACUCUUAACUGCAAAGUACGAUUUGGCUUCGAAAAGGACCUCAAACCAGUGGUGAGAUGGUACAUUAAAGACACAGACCAGAGACAGGAAGUUCCUGCACCUGAGGGGAACAGUAGUACAUCCAUGUUGAAGGAUGGAGUCAUUCAGCAUAUUCUCUCUCUGAAAGAAGUUACUCAGAGGGAUCUUCAAAGGAAGUUCAUUUGCUUUGCCAAGAACUCAGUCGGAAGUACUACCCGGUCCAUCCAACUGAAAAAAAAGAAAGGAGUGGUUUUCAUAUACAUACUGCUUGGCACCAUCAUGACCCUGGCGGGCAUGCUGCUGGUGAGUGCUCUCCUCUACACGUACUGGAUCGAAAUCGUGCUGCUGUACCGAACCUAUCAGAGCAAGGAUGAGACGCUUGGGGAUAAAAAGGAAUAUGAUGCUUUUGUGUCCUAUGCGAAAUUGAGUUCCUUGGAGAGUGAGGUCACUUCAUCUCUGAGUGAGGAAAACUUGGCUUUGAAUCUGCUUCCUGAGGUUUUGGAAAACAAAUAUGGAUACACCUUGUGUUUGCUUGAAAGAGAUGUGACCCCAGGAGGAGUGUAUGCAGAAGACAUUGUAAGUAUUAUUAAGAAAAGUAGAAGAGGAAUAUUUAUCUUGAGCCCCAACUACGUCAAUGGACCCAGCGUCUUUGAACUGCAAGCAGCAGUGAACCUUGCCUUGGAUGAUCAAACACUGAAACUAAUUUUAAUUAAGUUCUGUUCCUUCAAAGAGCCAGCAUCUCUACCUCAUCUUGUGAAAAAAGCUCUCGGUGUUUUGCCCACCAUCACCUGGAGAGGUUUAAAGUCGGUUCCUCCCAAUUCCAGGUUCUGGACGCAAGUGCGCUAUCACAUGCCUGUGAAAAACUCUAAAAGACUCACAUGGAAUCAUCUCAGAAUUAUUUCAAGGAUAUUUUCACUAGAAAGGACUCAGUAAGUCAGAACCACUAGGAGGAGCUCCCAGCCUAGAGAAUGGUGACAAUGGGCCCUUGAAGACCUCCCCUUCAGUCCUGGGUGAGAAGAGGAGUAGAGAUGUUGAUGGACAGAACCCACGGCAUUGAUUGGGCUGAUACAAAAUUGAACUAGUCUUCUGCCAGCCCCAAGCAAGCUUGUCAGGCUCUGGAAGAAGAUUAAGGCUGCAGUUUAGAGCCUUUGGUUUUCUGGACAGAGAGAGGGCAAGUUCUUCAGAACCUUGCACCCAUUCAACACACAUCCCCUCACAUGGUCCCAGUGGUCUGAGCAGAAUCAGCAGGUACAGCCACUUUUGCUUUGUGAACUGUCAUGUCUACUAUGUACUGUACAUAUAACUUUAUGUACAUUUUUAAUAAAAUAAAUAUUAUUUUAUGUCCCCAAGUAUCACAAAUAGUUUGCUCUCGGCUAUUAACUGAAAGGUUGGGGGGUUC